CAGAAAGGGAAGACCGACAGAGCCUGUGAAGAAGCCUGUUGUAGUCUUCGUCAUGCCUCGUGUGCAGCGGUAUCCGGCAUCUCCAGUGCAGGAGAUCUUCCUGAAGGAGAAGCUGCCGUUCGCCCAGUAUGACCCCACCACGGAGGCCAAGGAGGCACCUGCACCCGCCACGCUCGACUUUGAUCAGUGCGUCACUCUCAAGGCCAAAUACGAAGACACACUCAAAAGGUCAGUCACACACAAGGCGGCACGAGAGCAAUGACGAUGGCUGCACUGCUACCUUCGCUGUUGGUUUGUUGUGUUUGCAGUGUGACGGCGGGCAGCAUUUUGCCUGAGCAGGCGGCCGACAGCGAAGUGGCGUUCCAGUCAUGCCUCUCACAGCUGGGUGAGUGAGCCAACUGUCAAGCAGGCCAGGCACAUAAUAUACCGCCACAGUGUGUUUCGCUCAUCUCCCUCCGCCUCUGUUGGUUGCAUCUGUCUGUUUGUCUGUCUGUCUGUCUGUCUGUGUGUGCAGGGAUUGCGCACAUCAAGGCGACCGAUGCGUCAUGGCAGGAGCUGAAGAGGGGGAUGGUGGAUAAGAUUGACUUCGACAAGCUGAGUGAGCAGGACCCCCGGCAGAAGACCCUCAAAUGGACCGUUCCCAGCAUCAACCUGGCCAAGAAGUAUGGCGUGUGAUGGUGUGGUGCUGUCCUGCUGCCUCUGAUGCCCCUGCUGACUUGAUUGCUCUUGGAAGGUUGCUCGAUGACGG